AUGGUAGGAGAGACAGUUUACUUUUGUGGUGGGAAGUCCUCUUGCAAAAUAGAAAAAGUCUCUCAGGACCUGUCUCCAGACAAGAUAAAGCAAAAUGUUUUGAGCAAGAAGAUGAAAUUUGAACAUCUGCAGCAAGAUCAACUUUACACUUGGGCUGCAGUCAGUCAACCCACGCACUCACUGGAUUACACAGAAGGGCAGUUUCCCAGGCGAGCCCCAUCUAUGUGGCCACCAUCAAGACCUCCUGAUGAAGAACACAGCCCCAAGGAUGCAGAAACAGAGGAUGAUAGAGAAUCUCAAUCUGCUAUUUUGGAAACUCCGAAAAAAAGUUCAGAUGCUGCCCAGCAGGAAAUUUUGGAUAUGAAGUCUGAGGGACAGGCAAAUGUAAUUCAGCAGCUGGAACAAACCAUCGAAGAUCUGAGGACCAAAAUAGCUGAACUAGAAAAGCAGUACCCUGUCCUGGACACGGAGGUGGCCAGCAGCAAUCAAGGGACUGAGUAUGGAGUGACAUCUUCAGAAGAUGUCUGCCUGGAAACUUUCAGAUUAGUAGGAAAGGAUAUGCAACCUCAAAGGAUUUUAGAGGCAAAAUCAAUACAGACUUCCCCAACAGAGGAGGGCAGGAUACUGAUACUACCAUCCGUGAAGGCACUGUCAGAAGGUCCUCCAUACCCACCUGGGGCUGAGAGUGGAGAGUCAGCCAUUCCAGCCUCACCUUCUGGACCUCAGACAAAAUUUUGUUCAGAGAUUUCUUUGAUUGUUUCUCCAAGGCGAAUAUCAGUACAGCUUGAGGCCCAUCAGUCCACACUGAGUGUAUCACAGCCUCCAUCACCUUCAUCCCUUCCAUGUUCUGAUGGUCAGGGGCAGCCUGGGACACAGCUGUCCUAUCCUUCUCUUCAUACUGAGCUUGAAACCAGCCAUGAACACUCUGUUUUCUCCUCCUUUGGAAACAGCUGUAAUAUUCCACCCCCACCACCUCUGCCUUGCACAGAGUCCUCUACCUCCAUGCCUAGCCUGAGCAUGGUGACUCCAUCACCUUCCCCUCUCCCUGACAUGACAGUGCCUCCUCUGCCCAGUGUAGCAGUUCCCCUACCUCCCCCUCUGCCUGGUACUGAAAUGCUGCCACCCCCUCCUGCUCCAUCUGUUCCUGGAGUGGGAAUACCUGCCCCCCCUCCUCUACCUAGUAUGGGAAUACCUCCUCCUCCCCCUCUCCCUGGAGUGGGAAUACCCCCUCCUCCUCCUCUUCCUGGAGUGGGAAUAUCCCCUCCUCCUCCUCUUCCAGGAAUACCUCUUCCUCCCCCUCUCCCUGGAGUGGGAAUACCCCCUCCUCCUCCUCUUCCUGACAUGGGAAUACCUCCUCCUCCCCCUCUCCCUGGAGUGGGAAUACCCCCUCCUCCUCCUCUUCCUGGAGUGGGAAUAUCCCCUCCUCCUCCUCUUCCAGGAAUACCUCUUCCUCCCCCUCUCCCUGGAGUGGGAAUACCCCCUCCUCCUCCUCUUCCUGACAUGGGAAUACCUCCUCCUCCCCCCCUUCCUGGAGUGGGAAUACCCCCUCCCCCUCCUCUUCCUGGAAUGGGAAUACCUCCUCCCCCUCCUCUCCCUGGAGUGGGAAUACCCCCUCCCCCUCCUCUUCCUGGAAUACCUCCACCUCCUCCCCCUCUCCCUGGAGUGGGAAUACCCCCUCCCCCUCCUCUUCCUGGAAUACCUCCACCUCCUCCCCCUCUCCCUGGAGUGGGAAUACCCCCUCCCCCUCCUCUUCCUGGAGUGGGAAUACCCCCUCCCCCUCCUCUUCCUGGAGUGGGAAUACCUCCUCCUCCUCCUCUUCCUGGAGUUGGUAUUCCCCAACCUCCUCCUUUGCUGGGUAUUCCACCUGCUCCAGCCCCUCCUCCCCCACCUCCUGGGACAGGAAUUCCCCCACCUCCUCCACCCCCUCUGCUCCCUGGAUCAGGGCCUUCACUCUCCCCACAAGUCGGGAGUAGCACUUUACCAACACCACAAGUGUGUGGGUUUCUUCCUCCUCCAUUGCCAACUGGCUUGUUUGGAUUAGGGAUGAAUCAGGACAGAGGGAGUAGGAAGCAACCAAUAGAGCCUUGUCGGCCAAUGAAGCCUCUUUACUGGACAAGAAUUCAACUCCAUAGUAAAAGAGACUCCAGUCCUGCACUUAUUUGGGAAAAAAUUGAAGAGCCAUCCAUAGAUUGUCAUGAAUUUGAGGAAUUGUUUUCUAAGACUGCUGUCAAGGAGAGAAAGAAACCUAUUUCUGAUACCAUCUCAAAGACCAAGGCUAAACAAGUUGUCAAGUUAUUAAGCAACAAAAGAUCACAAGCUGUUGGAAUCUUAAUGUCUAGUCUUCAUCUAGAUAUGAAAGACAUACAACAUGCUGUUGUGAACUUGGACAACUCUGUGGUUGACCUGGAGACUCUUCAAGCUCUCUAUGAGAAUAGAGCGCAGUCAGAUGAACUGGAAAAAAUUGAAAAGCAUGGCCGAUCCUCCAAAGACAAGGAAAAUGCCAAGUCUCUGGACAAACCUGAACAGUUCCUUUAUGAACUGUCACUAAUCCCCAACUUUUCAGAGCGAGUCUUUUGCAUCCUGUUCCAGUCAACGUUUUCAGAAAGUAUUUGCUCAAUUCAUCGCAAACUGGAAUUACUACAGAAAUUAUGUGAGACAUUAAAAAAUGGCCCAGGGGUUAUGCAGGUUCUAGGUUUGGUUCUUGCCUUUGGCAACUAUAUGAACGGUGGAAAUAAAACUCGGGGACAGGCAGAUGGCUUUGGAUUGGACAUUCUCCCCAAACUGAAAGAUGUCAAAAGCAGUGACAAUAGCAGAAGCCUUCUGUCAUAUAUUGUUUCAUAUUAUCUUCGAAAUUUUGAUGAGGAUGCUGGAAAAGAACAGUGUGUCUUUCCACUGCCAGAACCACAGGACCUUUUUCAGGCCUCACAGAUGAAGUUUGAAGAUUUUCAAAAAGAUCUCAGAAAACUGAAGAAAGACUUAAAAGCCUGUGAAGUUGAAGCUGGGAAAGUGUACCAGGUCUCCUCCAAAGAGCACAUGCAGCCUUUCAAAGAAAACAUGGAGCAAUUUAUUAUUCAAGCUAAAAUUGACCAAGAGGCAGAGGAGACUUCACUGACAGAAACUCAUAAAUGUUUUUUGGAGACUACAGCCUAUUUCUUCAUGAAACCAAAAAUUGGAGAGAAGGAGGUGUCCCCAAAUGUUUUCUUCAGUAUCUGGCAUGAAUUCAGCUCUGACUUUAAAGACUUUUGGAAGAAAGAGAACAAACUUAUUCUACAAGAGAGAGUAAAAGAAGCUGAAGAGGUGUGUAGGCAGAAGAAAGGAAAAUCACUGUAUAAAAUAAAACCAAGACAUGACUCUGGAAUUAAAGCAAAGAUAAGCAUGAAAACAUGAACCAUGAAUGGCAGAAUGAAAAUGUGUCAUUAUAACAACUUCCAGAAAAUUCAGCUGACCUGAGGGUGGGAAGAAAACUACAUCAUUCUGAUCAUUUUUCUUCUUAACCUUUUAGUUUAUAGUUUAAGUGCAAAGAAACACUAGUGUUUUUUCCUGUUGUUGUUUUGUAGUCUUCCUAUCCCCUCAGUUCCCUCCAAUGUGUAUAAUACCAUUCUUCAAUGAAAUAAUAGGACAUUUAACAGAGAUCACUAUGUGCAAUACUGUAUUUAGUGUUUCUAUUUCAAUUUUUUAGGAUGUUAAUUUAUAUGAAAAUAAAAUGAAUAA